AAGCCCAAGGCCCUCACCGACCCCGAAUUGACGGAUUCAGAAAGCCAGUGGACAUUAAAAAGCUGUCGUCUUUGAAAUCGGCGAAGAUCCCCCCUCCUCCUCUCUCCAUCGAGUCCUGAGGCGGAGCGAUCGGAGCCCGCUAAAUCCUACUCAGGUCUGUUGAUCGCGUACUCGAUAGAGAUUUCUGGAAUUCGGGCCUGAGAUUGUUGUGAAAUGGCGCCAUUUAGAAAAGCCCUAGGAGCAGUCAAGGAUCAAACCAGCAUUGGCCUAGCCAAGGUCUCCAGCAACAUUGCCCCUGAACUCGAUGUGGCCAUUGUUAAGGCCACAAGCAGCCACGACGAUAUCCCUGCCGAUGAGAAGUACUUUCGGGAGAUCCUCAACUUGACCUCCUAUUCUCGGGGAUAUGUCAGUGCCUGCAUUGCUGCAGUAUCAAAAAGGCUAAGCAAGACUCGAGACUGGAUUGUUGCAUUGAAAUCCCUCAUGCUCAUCCACCGUCUCUUAUCUGAUGGGGAUCCAUCAUUCCAACACGAGAUAUUGUAUGCUACACGAAGGGGUACACGGCUUCUCAAUAUGUCGGAUUUCCGUGAUGAGGCUCACUCGAGUUCUUGGGACCAUUCUGCAUUUGUGCGUACCUAUGCCCUUUAUUUGGAUCAGAAGCUUGAACUCAUUAUCUACGAGAAGAAUCAAGGAGGCGGUGGCAGUGCUGAUAGAAAUGGUAGGGGCGAAAACCGCAGAUCUCCACAUUAUUCUGAUUUCAGCGAGCCUGAUCCUUCUGGUAGCGGUAGUUAUAGCAGAUCUUCGGCGGGUGGCUAUGGUGAUUAUCGAUAUGAUGAUAGGUACAAGAGUCCCAGCCAAGUGGCUGAGGAGAAGAAGCCAAUAACUCCAUUGAGGGAUAUGAAUACCGAGAGGGUGUUGGGCAAGAUGCAUCAAUUGCAGCAGCUUCUUGAUCGUUUCCUUGCUAUUCGGCCAACGGGGUUAGCAAAGAACAGCAGAAUGAUCCUUGUUGCUCUCUACCCUGUUGUCAGGGAGAGCUUCCAGCUCUAUUCCGACUUGUGUGAGAUAUUGGCGGUGAUUCUUGACCGCUUCUUUGACAUGGAGUAUCCAGAGUGUGUCAAGUCUUUUGAUGCCUAUAGCAUUGCUGCGAAGCAAAUCGACGAGCUUGCAGCCUUCUACAGCUGGUGCAAGGAAAUCGGUGUGGCUCGAUCAUCUGAGUUCCCGGAGGUGCAACGAAUAACUGACAAGCUACUGGAAACAUUGGAGGAGUUCAUGAGGGAUAAAUCAAGAAGGCCAGCUGAUGCACCAAGACAGCUGGAGGCACCGCCCCCAGAGCCAGCUGUUCCAGAUGAAGAACCUGUAGAGGACACAAGCAAUAUCAAAGCUCUGCCAGCACCAAAUUAUGAGGAGAAGCCCGUUGAAGAGAAGGUAGAACCGAAAAAGGAGCAGCCAAAGCAACACGAGGGUGAAUUGGUGAAUCUCAGAGAUGAUGGUGUUUCAGCAGUGGACCAAGAGAACAGAUUGGCACUGGCUCUUUUCUCAGCAGGAGGAGCAACAUCGGCUACCAAUGGCUCAUGGGAAGCAUUCCCCGCUUCGAAUGGUGGAGGAGAAACCCAAGUGACCUCGGCAUGGCAAACACCAGCGGCUGAGCAAGGGAAAGCAGAUUGGGAGCUCGCUCUUGUGGAAACUGCUAGCCAUCUCUCGAAUCAGAAAGCCAAUUUGGCUGGAGGCCUUGAUCCAUUAAUCUUAAAUGGGAUGUAUGACCAAGGAGCAGUGAAGCAGCAUGUUACUGCUCAAGCGAGCGGAGGGAGUGCUAGCAGCGUGGCCUUGCCUGGCAAAAGUAGUAAGCCUGUUUUGGCUUUGCCUGCUCCUGAUGGCACGGUGCAGACUAUUGGAGGGGAUCCUUUUGCUGCUUCUGCUUCAAUUCCUCCACCAUCUUAUGUACAAAUGGCUGACAUUGAGAAAAAGCAGCAGAUGCUUACACAGGAACAGCUCAUGUGGCAGCAAUAUGCUCAAAAUGGAAUGCAGGGACAAGCGAGCUUGGCGAGGCUCGAAAAU